AGUAAAUAAAAUCAGUUGUUUGUCACAUCAAAUGACAGAUAUGAAAAUUGUGGUGGAUCUUCCUCGACAUCUCCACCCUUUGUACUUGACCCACAUUGUUUUAAGUCCUUGAAUGUGAAACUGAACCAGGUAACAAAUAAUAUGCUUGAUGACCAUUCGUAGGAUACUGACCACCUAUAAAAACGUCUUCUCCUUACUAAAAUUUACUCAGAUUAAUAAAGAAAUUUGUUGUCAAUAUGUACAAACUCGUUGUGUUUAGCUUGUUGGUUGUAGCCUGUACUGCAGCCGUUAUUAUUCCAUCGUUGCAUUACAUCCCAUCGAGUGCAAGAGUGACCAACAUAGAAUGGAAAGAUAAACCAGUUAAAUUCAUUGUCCCUUCGGUUCCUUUAAGUCUUCAUCAACCAUUUGCUUGGCCACCAUACUACUAUCCAUUCGUCAAUCCAUUUACUGUGCUGAAAGAAAUCGAGAAACCAGAAAAGAAGGAUGCAGAAAAGAAAGAAGAAGAGAAAAAGGAAUAACGAUCCAAUAAAACUCCGAUUACAAUUAUAUCAAUAUGAUGUCAAGUUUAUAAAUUUCAAAAUUGUAU